AUGACUAUACCUACUGGCUCUAUACCCGUACAAUAUCCAUUAAAAGAUAUACCGACUCCAUAUAUUUAUUCUUCGACUAAUCCUAUUAAUAAUGCAAAAAAUAUUGAAAAUAAUAACUCUAUAUUGAAACGAAAAAGAAGUUUGGAGACAUUGAUAGAUGGUCAAGAAUCUCUAGAGAUUAAAAGAACAAAAGUUUUUAAUGAUGAUAAUGAUGAUGAUAUGGAGAUUCCAACGCAGCAUAUUGAAGAUGAUAUUGACGAAGAACAAGAGGAAGAACAAGAACUAGAAAAUGGAGAUAAUAUUAGUGGUGAUGGUAUUACUACUACAGAGAAAACUGAACAUUCUACUGUUCCAACAAAUGCUUCAUCAAACGCAACAGACUGUGUCUUAACGAUAGAUGAUGUUAAAGAUGGAAUCUUGGAUGAAGCUUUACCAAUAUCACCUGUUGCUUCGGCAAGUGGUGAUAGAUUACAACAGCAUCAGCAUCAGCAUCAUCGCAAUCAUCAUGAUAACGAUAAUGAUGUAUUGACUCCCCCUUGCAUCAUUAAUAAUGAACGAAAACAGAAACAACUCCAUGAUGAACUAAUGAAAUCUAAUUAUUCUACGUUGGAUGGAUUGAAAAAUAUAACAGAAUUACAAUGUAUGGCAUUUAAAUUCAUUUCACAAUUAAAUAGAGCACAACUCACAGAUAUUAAUUCAUUAAUAAGAGAUAAUUUAAAGAGAGAUAUGAUAAGUACAUUACCUACAGAAAUUGCAUUAAAUAUCUUGGCAAAAUUGGAUUUUUGUGAUAUUAUUUCUUGUUUAGCUGUCUCACCACAUUGGAAUCAUAUUAUUGAAAAUACACCAUUUAUCUGGAAGCAUCUUUUAAUCUCAGAAAGUUUUAUCGCUAUUGAAGGUUUCUCAAAUUAUAUUAAAGAUUUAAAAUUAAAUUAUCCUCAUUUAUCUAAUUUUGAAGAUGCUUAUAAACCUGAUUUCUUAAAGAGAUCUCAUACUCUAAAGAAUUGGUACAAUCCGAAAUUUAUACCACAAAGAACAACAUUAAAAGGUCAUAUGACUAGUGUUGUUACAUGUCUUCAAUUCGCUGAUGAUUAUGUGAUUACAGGUGCAGAUGAUAAAAUGAUUCGGGUAUACAGUGCAAAACAGAAAAAAUUCUUAUUAGAAUUAGCAGGUCAUGAAGGUGGUGUAUGGGCAUUAAAAUAUGAUGUAGAUGGAAUCCUUGUUAGUGGAUCCACUGAUCGUAGUGUACGUGUAUGGGAUAUCAAACGUGGUUGUUGUCUCUAUGUAUUUAAAGGUCAUACUUCAACUGUAAGAUGUUUGGAUAUCGUGGAAUAUAAGAAUAAUAAAUAUAUUGUAACUGGUUCUCGUGAUAAUACUUUACAUGUAUGGAAAUUAUGCAAGAGUGCAUACAAUAGAGGAGUUGAUAAUAAGAAUAAAGAUGAUGAUACGAAUAGUGCUUCGACAUCAAGUGUCUGGCCUAUUGUUUAUGAUACUCCCGAUGUGAAUCCUUAUUUCGUUGGUGUUUUAAAGGGACAUGUUGCCUCUGUACGAACAGUGUCAGGUCAUGGGAAUAUCGUUAUUAGUGGGUCAUAUGAUAAUACAUUAAUGGUAUGGGAUAUCGCACAAAUGAAAUGCCUAUAUAUUUUAUCUGGCCAUACUGAUAGAAUCUACUCUACAAUCUACGAUCAUAAACGACAACGUUGUAUAUCUGCUAGUAUGGACUCUACAGUAAGAGUAUGGGAUCUUAAGGAUCUGUGGAGGAAUGGGAUCAGACAAACAGUGACUUGUGCGGGAACUACAUGUACUAGAGUAACUGAAUCAUAUAAGGUAUUAUCGGGACAUACUGCCUUAGUAGGUUUGUUGAAAUUGAGUGACAAAUAUUUGAUCAGUGCUGCAGCAGAUGGUACAUUGAAAGGAUGGGAUGCAGAGGAUUAUUCAUUGAAAUUUUCUUAUUUACAUAGUAAUCUAAGUGCUAUAACAACAUUCCAUAUGACAGAUAAUAUCCUCGUGAGCGGUUCGGAGAGACAAUUCAAUAUUUAUAAUUUAAGAAAUGGUAAUUUGGUUCAUUCUAAUUUAUUACGGGAUGCGGAACAAAUUUGGUCUGUAAAUUUCAAGGAUAAUUUGUUAGUGGCUGCUGUAGAGAAAAAUGGACAAAGUUCUAUUGAGAUGCUUGACUUUGCAUGA